AAUUAGUUUAUAAUUAUGAUCACAUUAAACAAAUUAAUGGUUUUCUUUACAAAAUCCCAAGUGCUAUAAUUAGUUCUGCCAUCCAUCCAUCCCAGCUACCUCUCACAAUUUCGGAUCCAGAUGUAUUUUAUGUUAUAGAAAAGAAAGGAGUUCACUCUAAAAAAUUUUAGUCUAGACAAAUUUAAAGAAAAUUGAUGAGACAAAUGUGAAAUUCAUUUGUAUGAUUUGUGGAAUUUCCAGCAGUAUCUCGACUCUUUGACCGAUAAGAAUAAGCUGUAAAACAAAGAGAAUACGUAUCUUAAAAGUGUUUCUAAUUAUUGUUUAUACAUUAUAAGGAGUUUGGUAUCUGAGUUCCAGAUAAUCCAUAUCAUAUUAGCUAAUAAAUCCUGUGUUUUUAGAAAUUUAAAAAGGCUCAUUUCUCCUACCAAAAUUAAACUCCACUAAGCUGAUAGUAGCUCAUAACACUAGAAUUCAAAAGGCGCAAUUGGAUCCCUUCCUUUUAGUGCUACAACAAUCUGAGUUGACCUCCUCGUGGUCAUGAUCCCUUCCUUUCUGUUGCAAAAUGCUUUUUCUCUAGGUCAACCUUUUCUAGCUUUUUCAUCUGGUUUUCACUCUAGGUAAGAGUUUGGAGACUACUUCUCCAAUUGGAUCUAAAAACUCAGCAACAAUGUGAGCGGCCCUUGGUUACCAUCAAAUUAGAGUUUGAUGAUUGUGGGUCUCGGGCUCUUCUUUGGUUUUAGAUAGAUCGUAGGGCUAGAUGUUCAGGACCACAGGCCUGUAUGUUAUUAUUACUUAACUAUCAUGUAAUGGGCUUUAGGCCUUUUUUUAAAAAAUGUUUAAUAAUUUCCGCUCUGUUUUUGAGAAAGUAAAAUCAUGCUCUCUUAUUCACGAGAGAGAAUUAGUAGAAAGGAAGAAUUGAACCUCAAUACGAUUCUGAUACAGUUAUUUCUAACUAAAACCUGUGAUACCUUGUCUUGCACUCUUGCUCACAUUAAGGAGACCAACUAACUGAGUAAAUUAUCUUUUUUGUAUCAAUUAUCUAUAUCUGGUCAGACUAUAAAUGUGAAUUUACGAUUACCCAUGAGCAAAAAAAAAGAGAUAUAAUAGUUAAUUAAUAAAAACAACUGUCCAAUGUAAAUAAAGAAAAAUCCAAAUAUUAAUACAGUUAGGUGUUGCUAGAUGGUCUGCAAUUUUGACCCAUCCAAAUAGUGGCAUAGUUUUAUGAUUUCAAGGUCCAACUACAUAACUAUUCUCUUCUCAUAACUCAAUAAGGCAUCUGUUAGGUAGUCCAGCAGCUAUUGAUUCUGUUCGUUGAAGUUUACCCAUUUUCACAUCUGUUCGAUCAAACUGAAAGCUACGUAUUAGAGAUGUUCAUAUCUGAGCUUCAAGCCACUCCAAAAUAAAGUCCAUUGGUUGGAACUGGGAAACCAACGAUUAAAAUUGUACUAAGUUACAAAAAUUAUAAGACUUGGACUCAUAGUCAACAGAACAUUCACCUACCCAGAUGCGAAGAAGCUCUUUCUGAUGACAUUCUCCUUUAUAUAUACAUGCAACUUCCCAUUUUUCAUCAGAUCAAAUCAAGACAUAACCAAGUUUCCGUUUGAAGAUUUUCUCAUGGAGUUCAUCAACAAUCAAGAUCUUGAAUACGAUGGCCAUGAUGAUGAUGAUGUAUAUUACAUGGAAAUCAGAAGACAGAUUCUGCUUUUAACAGCAGACGAGGAUGAAGAAGAGUUUCCCCACGCCAAGGUUUCAAACCCCGUUGCUGCUGCUGCCUCCAAACGAGUCUCGAGCAGAUUAGAAAGAUGUUCCUCUUGUGGAGUGAAACAUGGAAGUAGUAAUUCCUUCCCCUGGUGGGAGGUCCAGAAUACUAAUUCAGCACCUGCUUGGCUGGUAAACUUGUGGAGAAGAACUGGCAACGGAACUGGAGUGUUCAUCCCUCAAAAUCAAGCAGUACAAUCCAGAAGAAGAUAUAGAACUUCAGGAAGGAUGAUGAACAAUGAGAAGAGCAGGAUGUACAGGGCCAGAAAUCGAUUAUGAAAAUAAUGGAUUGGUGGAUAGUAUAUGCCAAACAAAUUCUUGAUAUUAGUUGUAUUGUUCUAGCUUAAUUACAUGGCUCUGUUCAGCUGAACAUGAUAAAUGUUAGUAUUGAAAAAUGAAAUUUAUUAUUAA